CGCCCCCCUCUGCCCAAUGGACACACGGGCGUGCAUAGAUAGCAUAUAUAAAGGCGCGGCGCGGGGCCGGGGCAGUGCACUUGCCUUUCCCAUCAUGAGGACACUUCUCGCUCUCGUUGCGCUCGCAGCACUUGCGACCGCCGAGUCCAAUGAGUCGCUGCAGCUGGACAACGGGCUGGUGAGGGGCACGUGGGGAGACCCCGAGAUGUGCGCCGCCGGAUCCCACGCUUUCGCCUUCGAGAUCAAGUAUGCUGACCUUGGGCACAUUGACGAUACGGCAGUCAACGGCGUGAGGCUCUACUGCGAGACUCCGGCCGGCUCUCUCACGGGCUACGUGACCAGCUCCGAGGGCAAGUGGGGCGAGUGGCGAGGAAUGCGCACCUGCACGUUGGGGCAUCACCUGGUGGGCCUUCAGGGCAACGUGGUGGACCCGCAGGGCAACUUCGGGGACGAUCUCGGAGUGGACAACCUGCGCAUGGAGUGUGACGACGGCGACAUCCUGGACGGCCUCUACGGCGUGCCCAAUGCCCAGGUGAGCGAGCCGCUGGUCUGAGGGGGAGGAGCUGGC